AUGAAAUUCGCCGUUGGUAUCAUCUUCCUCGCCACCCAGCUCGCUGGGGGUCUCUGUGUCGCCGUUCCCAACAGUGAUGCCGCUGCAGAAUGUGGCGCCCUCGGUGUCAUGGUAGCCGACGAGAGCAACCAUGCGGGCACCAUCCGUAAAUGUGCCGACCAUCCCAUUGAAGAUCGCAGAAAGACAUGGCAAUCCCUAGCACCGUUCGACCAUGUCAACGCGACAAGUUCAACCAGCACCUUGACCGCUAGAAGCGAUGAAGCGUGCUUCUAUGACGCGCCUUACGGCUGUUCAGGAGGAAGCUGUUGGAAGAGUUGUGGCACCCCUGGUGAUGGGAAGUGGUGUUGGACAGCUGAUGGCGAUGGCUCUGGGCCAUGGUUGUCGUGCUCGACGUACUCUGAUUGCAAUCCGAACGCAGCGUGUGGGAAGGGGAUUGGGUGCGCUAGGUGCGGCUGUGGCUGCUAA